CGUUCAACGUUCAACUACAUCAACGGCUAUGAUAACACCUCAUCACACCCAUAACCCAGAGUCAGAUUCAGACGACGACCAUGACUACGUACCUCCAGCAGACGAGGCUGACAGCUCAGAAAACGAAAGCGAAAAUAAGGACAUAGGCCAGAAGUUACCCGCUGAGAAAGAGGAAGACGCUGAUCGGAAGAAGCGUGGCGCGCUAUGGGCUAGUUUCCAAGCAUCGGAGCAGGAACCCCCCCAGGAGCUGGUGAAAAUUGAAAGGCGAUAUCUAUUCGCAGGGAAGCAUGUAACAGAAGUCGUUGAGGUUCCUGCAGGAUCGGAAGAAGCAAAGAAGUGGCGACUACACGAGUCCGACUUCACCGGCGAAGGGGCAGAAGAAGGAAGACCUCUAUCUGCUACGCCAGACCCUGCUUCCAAGUCAACCUCUGGGAUACGACCCGGUCCUCGGAAACCUCGCACCACGCUCCCAGCCCUCCCCACGCCAGGUUCUUCGAAAACCAAGAAGAUUACUACACUCGACAAGUCGGCAAUGGACUGGAGGGCUCACGUCGCUUCCCAGUCGAGCGAUGCCCAAGACGAGCUCACUGCGAACAGACGCGGAGGUGGUUAUCUGGAGAAAGUUGAUUUCCUGCAGAGAGUCCAAGAUAGGCGGGAAGAUGUACUGGAAGGCUCCAAAUCGAACAAACGAAGGAGGAUAUAGUCUAUGGAUUUCUGGCUGCACGAGAUGCAGACAAAUGUGGUGUAUGGUAUGACCCAUUGAUAUUCAAGGUUUGAGGGAUUCCUCGUACAGAGCAUUCCUAAGCAUUGAAUCUACUGACGGACAAGGCAAGUUCCUUGAAUAAACCACAUUCUAUCAUAUCACAGUACUUCCGCGAGGCUUCUCUGAACCGGUGCGUGAUUU